CCCACUCAGGAAGUUGAUUAUGCAAACCGGCAUCGUCGACCUCUCGCGACGAAGCAUCUCGCUGGGGGCUGCUCUAUUGGGAGGCUUGUCCCAUGGAGCUAGCGAGUCUAGAUCGUAUCUUGCGAUAGCACAACAUGAUGCAGCUUGAAGCACCUGGGGAAGAUGUAUAAAUAGUGCGCAUGCCGUGCUGUGAGGUCUGGUGAAUCUUUUUGCCGCAUCUUCAUCACAAGCCCCUCCUGCCCGAGCCACAAUGAAGUCCACGGAUUCGGUCGUAGCGCUAGCCCUGGUGCUUGCACCCUUUGCGUUGGCCAAGGAAAAAUGCAAGCCGUACGUGAGUUCGGAUGCGCUGCAGGAGUCCAUCAACCUCGACGACCUGCUCGCAGGGUCUCAGAAACUCCAGGACAUUGCGGACGCCAGUGAUGGCAACCGUGCAUUUGGCAGCGCUGGUCACAACCUGACAAUCGACUAUAUCUACGACACGCUGAACGCUCUGGGGUAUUACGAUGUACACAAGCAGCCGUUUGUAGAGCUCUUCUAUUCCGCAGAGGCCUCGCUGGUUGUCGACGGCGUUGAAUACGAGCCAGGAAGCAUGACUUAUAGUCCUGGCGGCACAUUCAGUGCGCCGUUGGUGCUGGUGUCCAACCUUGGCUGCGAUGUCACUGAUUUUCCUCCCGAGGUCGAAGGGAGCGUCGCAUUGAUUUCCAGAGGAACCUGUUCAUUUGCGGCCAAGGCCACCAACGCAAAGUCCGCUGGCGCCGUAGCAGCCGUCGUCUACAACAACCAGGAGGGCAAAGUAAGCGGGACUCUCGGCGCGGUGAGCGACGAUUAUGCGCCUGUUGUCGGCAUUACACAAGAACAGGGCAUUACUCUUAUUGCAGCUCUCGAGAGUGGAGAGGUCAUCGCAGAAUUCGGGGUUGAUGCUGUCCUACAGAACCGAACGACCUUCAAUGUCAUUGCAGAAACGAAGACUGGAGACAAAAAUAACGUGCUCAUGUUAGGGGCACAUACUGAUUCCGUAGCAGCUGGGCCUGGCAUUAACGAUGACGGGUCCGGUACCAUUGGAAUUUUGUCGGUGGCCACCGCUCUGUCGAAAUUCACCAUCAAGAAUGCCGUGCGAUUUGGCUUUUGGAGUGCUGAAGAGUACGGCAAGCUUGGCUCUUACUACUACAUAAAGCAACUGAACACUUCUGCGACAGCCGAAACUGAGCUCGCUAAGAUCCGAGCAUAUCUCAACUUUGAUAUGAUCGCCAGUCCGAACUUUAUCUACGGUAUCUACGACGGCGAUGGGAAUGCCUUCAACUCCAGCGGCCCUAAUGGGUCGGGAGACAUCGAGAAGACCUUUGAGGACUACUUCAAGACUAAGAACACGCCGUCCAUCGCGUAUGCGUUUACCGGCCGCUCCGACUAUGCCGGAUUCAUAGAGAACGGCAUUCCUUCUGGAGGUAUCUCAUCGGGCUCUGACGGUAUCAAGACUGCGGAGCAGGCAGCGUUGUUCGGCGGUGAGGUGGGCGUAUCCUACGAUCCCAACUACCACCAGGCUGGCGAUACUAUCGACAAUCUCGCGCAGGACGCCUAUUUGACCAUCUCGAAAGGAAUUGCGGACGCUGUGGCCAAGUACGCUCUGAGCUUUGCCACGCUUCCGCCAGUGAACAUCGUGCAGAGGAGAUGGGCCGCUGACCGGGCAAAGGCGGUCAAAAGAACCGUGACUAGCCAUGCGCAUUCUAAUCUUGGCCCAUGCGCACAUAAUCAUGAUGAGUUGUAGAUAAGAUGAGUAUAGUAAUAAUUAUAAGUACUAUUAUUAGUUAAAAUGUGAAAA